AGAAGAUCUAAUGAUCCCCUAAGGAAAACAGCAAGCCUGGCAAGUAAGCCCAAUGUUCUCCAAAGCUAAAACUAGAACCCAACUGCGAAAUGAAAAGUACCAAAGGGAAAACAACAGUUUGGGCCUUAACUUUCUAUUUCUUAAACUCUAAUGCAAACCCGUUAAACCCUAAACCACUGCCAACCCCGUUUAAAUACUGGUUUCUUACAAACCCAAAACUUCUGACAACAUAAAAAAAAAAUGGCUACUUUUGGUGGGCGCCGGUUCAAGGAGUUUGUGAAAAUGUACGGGAAAGUGGCACUUGGGGUUCACUUGUCAGUCUCUGCAGCUUCCAUAACAGGCUUUUAUGUGGCCAUCAAGAACAACGUUGACGUCCAAUCGUUGUUCAAUAACUUCCAUAUCAUGGGCCUUUCCAAAGAACAAAAAAACCAAAACCCAUCUCCUCAAUCGCCAACCCAAAAUGGGUACUUGAUGGAAGAAUCGAUUGAGAAACCAACGGUGGUGAUUGAAGAGAAGGAAAAAAAUUGGAUCGCUGAGCUUGCCACAUCCACUGGUGGAGCCCUUACAUUGGCUGUGCUUUGUAACAAGGCCUUGUUCCCUGUUCGUGUUCCGAUCACUAUCGCGCUUACACCUUCAAUCGCUAGGUUUUUGGCAAGGACGAGGAUUUUUAAGAAUAGCGUAUGAUUUCUUUUUCAUUCUUUUAUUUUUACAAUCAUAAAAUAUAGAUAACUUUCACUGUGAAUGGUUUUUGUUUUGGUGGUGAUUAGGAUUGGAACAACAAAUUUGCAAUAAUAAUUUACAUAGUACUGUGAUACUACUGCUGUUUAUGUAUUUUCUUUUUUCUUUUAAUUCUUAUUGGGAAAAUCAGAUGGAGAAAUUGUAGGAAAAGGUGGCACGUUCUAGUAGAAUAAUCAUAUAGGUUGGAAUAGG